CCGCGAUCCAGCUGCGCAAUGCCGCUUGGAAUGCCAACAACGAGGGUCAAGGACGAGAACAACAUUUGGGAGGAGCAUUAUCCGCUCUUGCAGCCCAACAGCACCAACAACACCCUGCCCAUACACAACUUCUUCUCCCCAGAGGUUGUCAACGCGUACACGUAUGGAGUUCAGGCGUUCGUGGUGACACUUGUGACUCUUUCCAUCUUGUCGUUGACGGGGCUCGUGCUGUGCCAGCUCUUCAUGCUGUCCAACCUUCUGUGUGCGCUGUUUCGUCUGCUGUGGCUCGUGUCCCCGGCGGUCGCUGCGCUGUCCCUUCGACACAUUGCAGGGACUCACCUGAACUUUCGAUAUAACGUGAUGGCGUUUCCGAUGUGGGAAAUUCCUCCGCUCGCCGACCUGUUCCAGUGCUACCCAAAGUCAUCUCUGGCGCGGAUGCUCUCAAUGAGUUUUUUCAUUCCGUUGCUGUGCCAAGUCGCCGCGUACACCCUCGUCGCCGCCACGCGCAUGGUGAAUCCGUUCAAUCGGCCGUUUGUGGAGCGCGCCGAGUCGGUCUUUAGUUUUGACAACCAGGACGCCAAGGAAGGCGGGCUCGUAUUUUAUGUGUUUUACCUCGUCGUCGCUGGAAUUGUAUGGGACCCCGUGCCGCCGCCACGGUACGACUUUGGCGUCGCCGUCAACAGCCGUCCGAUCGGCUGCAGUUGGUUGCUACUGAGUUUGUUUCAAGAAAUCGGAUGGAGUGGCGCGCUAUAUCCAGCUCUCGACAUCGUGUUUGGCCACAGCGCGUUUAUGGCGUCCGUCGUGACCGGUCUCGUCUGGGCCGUGUGGCACUGGCCGUUUAUCAUUGCCGAAAAGUUCGCGAUCAUUCCGCCAGGCUCGGGGUACUCGGUCGUCGACGUCGACGAUUUUGAAGUGCUCAGUGUGCUCAGCAUCUUUACCAUUCUCCUGGUGGGGUCGCGAAUCAUCAUGUGCUGGAUCCAAGGCAAGUCGAGCUAUAUCAUUUGGUCGAGCGUUCUGUACCACGCUUCCCACUGCUUGUUCAUCGUCAGCGUGUUUGGCCAGCUCACGGGGCCGCUCUACGAAAAGGCCGACGACUACCCGUACUUUUCGAGCGAAGGCAGCAUCUGCCUCGUUGUCACGACGUGGUUCUCGACGUGCAUUUUGUCGCAGCUCUUUCGGGGCAACUACCUCAAGUUGUUUGCGCGCUGGCGGAAGCACCGCUACUGAGUCCUGCGCAUUGCCGUCUGUCGUUCAACUUAAUGUGAUGCUAGACCAGCGUGCUGUCGACGCUAGAGCCCUACUUGGGAAUGUCGGAAAAGGGAAAGUGGUCCUUGUAGCACGUCUCGAAUACUUUGUCCA